CCAGCGCCUGCGCACUGGCGCCCGUCCGCUCCUGGGGCCUGACGUCAGCAGGAUGGAGCCGCCCCUUUAGCCUGAUCUCCAGGAGCCGCCCCCUCCAGGGACGUCAUCACAAACUGGGAGCCCGCUUCUGUGUGACGUCAUAAAACCCGAUCCGCAUCAUGACGUCACAAUGCCCUAGCCCAGCCCCCUCAUUUUCUCCCUCGGCUCCUUCCUCCGCUCCUGUCGGGCGGGGACAUCGCGAUGAGGCGGGAUCGCGGCGCUAAGCCGGCCCUGGGUGGAGCUGGCAAGGUGGAACCAGGUGGGAUGGCAGCCUCUCCCUCGGGCCGUCGCAGACGGCUCCAACGCUACCUCCAGAGCGGCGAAUUCGACCAGUUGCGGGACUUCCCCAUCUUUGAGAGCAACUUUGUGCAGGUGACUCGGUUGGGAGAAGUUGCCAAUGAGGUCACCAUGGGGGUGGCAGCCUCCAGUCCAGCCCUGGAGCUCCCGGACCUAUUGCUUCUGGCCGGCCCUGACAAGGAGAAUGGACACCUGCAACUCUUCGGGUAACUGCCUCCACCUCAGCCGAGACC